AUGCACAUCUUCAUCUCCGGAGCCACCGGACGCAACGGCCGCAUCGCCCUCUCCAACGCCCUCUCCCGCAACCACACCGUCACCGUCCUAACCCGCAACCCAUCCUCCCUCCCCCCACACCCAAACCUCACCAUCAUACAAGGCUCCCCCUCCUCCCAACAAGACGUCCAAACCGCCCUCCUAACACCAUCCCCCCCCUCCACCGUCCUCAUCACCCUCAACCAGCGCCGCACCUCCGACAGCCCCUUCGCCCCCCUCUCCCCCGACUCCCCCCCCAACCUCCUCGCCGCAACAACCAGCGUCCUCCUCGCCGCCGUCGCCGCCACGCCACUCGCAGCACACCCUCCCAAGGUCGUCGUAAACUCCAUCUUCGGCGCUCGCGAGUCCUGGAAGAACCUCAGCUGGGCUUUCCGCGCCGUCCUGAGCCACAGCACCAUGAAGUUUGCCGUCAAGGACCACAACGACAUGGAUACGCUGGUCCGGGAGAGCGGCGUGCCGUUUGUCUUUGCGAGAGCGCCGAGAUUGACCGAAGGGCCGGCUGCACAAGUUAAAAUCUGGCCGGACAAUGGUCAGGGAUGCGGCUGGAACGUGACGCUGAGCAGGGAAAGCUUGGGAGCGUGGCUCAUCACGGCAGCAGAGUCCGAUGAGUGGGAUGGCAAGGCCCCGGUGCUGACCAACUGA